GUGAAGCCACAAUUUGUGGGUACGAGUACGAAGUUUAUUCGACAACAGCCUGGCUGACAGCAGAAACUUACACUUACAGAGUGCCUGCUCUUUUUUGACGAACUUCUGCACCUUAUAAUUCCAAGGUAAACCAUUUGGUAGGGCCUAAGCUAAGCUGUUCAUGAUGCCUGUAGUAUACAGUGAUGGCACCUUCAUGGAGGAUACAAUUGACUUACAGGCAUCUGUCUACUCAAAGUUUGAGGACUCCAGUAAAGCGUUCCACAGCCUGCCACUUAAACCAUGUCCUCCUAAAGGUUUAUUGUAUGUAGAUCAAAGAGAAUUUGCUGUGACAACAGUUUCCGAUGAUGUGAUUGAUACACUUGGGUCCGAUGAUGCAACAACGUGUCACAUUGUCGUCCUGAGACACUCUGGAACUGGAGUUACUGGUCUGUGUCAUUUUGAUGGUUGCAAUACAAGGCAAGGAGUGGAAGAUCUUGUGGAGUCUGUACUCAAACUCGGCAAUGAUGGAGGGAGUUUGGAGCUUCAUGUGGUGGGUGGUUUUCAGGAUGACAAAGAAACCUCGGAAAAGCUGUCAAGAGAACUGUUAAGUGAAUUCCACAAACUGGAAGUCGAUGUGUAUUUAAUGACUGCCUGCAUUUCUGGUUUGAAUAACACUGUCAAAAACGGCAUCAACUACCCAAUUGUGUAUGGCAUAGCUGUUUCUGUGAAGACUGGGGCAAUAUUUCCCGCUUCGUUUGAAUAUAAGGGACCAGACAAAGCACUAAGGAGCCUCAGACAUUUCAUUGGUGAUACUGAUGUUAAGAAUAUCUACGAUGGCACGAGUCAUCGUCUGGUUAUUGGGCCGUACAACUAUGGCGACUUUCCUAAUGCUUGGAUAUUGAUGCAACAGAGCGAUUCUACCUUAAGAAAGUACCUGUCAACAUCCCCUGCUGUGGAGCCGGAAUACUUUGAACAGAGUGUACGAGCAGCAUUGGGCUUCUAUCUGAGCAAUCCAGAUGCAGCAUCAGUUUUCCCUGAUGGACAGCCACAUGCCUUUACAAUGACACCAGAUGGACAAUGGAGUGCAGUAACACCAUGAUACCAUAUCCACUACAUGGACGCUUCAAAAAACCACAUGAAGGUAGCAUCACUGUUCUCAACACAUGUGUACAACAUGGACGCUUCAAAAAACCACAUGAAGGUAGCAUCACUGUUCUCAACACAUGUGUACAACAUGACACAUAUCCUGACUGUUAGGCAAGGUGAACUUCAAUUAUCUACGCUGGAUGAUGAAUAUCAUGCCUGGAGAUUACUCAUUCGAAAAUGGCCUUGUCCAUCAAAAAUAGGAAGUGCCACCCUACAAAUAUUGAAAUUUAGUGUGUGUAAAUAUUAAACUGAAUUUACUUUGG